AGUUCCUUGUCAGUUUAGUUAAUGCCAGCCGAUAAGUACUAUGUUGUAUUUUUUGAUACUUCGGAGUAUCCAAAUAGAGAGUUCUUUGAGUUGUUUAUGGUUUACAAGAAAAUAUAUUCUUCUUGUUAGUUCUUUUUCAACUUUUUGAAUAUCACUUCGGUUCUUGACUUUUGUGUGCAUGGAUUAGCGCGUAGAGUUUUGUGUACUGAAACUUCUAUGUAGCUUCUUCAUCCCUUUUCUCGCAAGUAAAUCUUUAAAAUUGGCUUAUUUAUACCCUAUAAGAUUGUCUGGGUUGGUUGCUCUUGCUCUUUGUACCAGAAUUUGCAACUUCAAACUGUACAUUUCUUGUUUGAGUCUUGUAAAUGGUGCCAAAGAGGCCUUUUCACGGUGAUUCUGGGGAUGGGACUGAUUCUCCAGCUCAAGACCCAAAGCGUUUAAAGAACAGUGCCAUCAGAGAUGUUUUGGGAUUGCUUUCAAUGCAGGAUAUGGUUACUAGGAUUGAACCUUUCCUCAGACUAGUGGUGCGAGAUGAGGUGGAACGGACUGUUCAACGAGUCCUUCAAUUUCAACCGUCCUUCAGACCCUCGUUCCAUCAGACUGAGACAUCAGGAGCAAGAGGCCUUCUGCUGCAAUUCGUUAACCGACCACCCGCUACCAUAUUUACUGGUAGCAAUAUAGAAACUGAGGAUGGUAACCCCAUUAGGAUUGAAUUGUUGGAUGCUAAUAGCAAGACCCUCGUCACUUCUGGUCCUCUGUCUUCUAUGAAGAUUGAGAUUCUUGUCCUUGAUGGUGAUUUCGGUUUGGAUGACCGAGAAGAUUGGAGUGAAAAUGAAUUCAAUGCCAAUGUUAUCCGAGAAAGAGAGGGUAGAAGGCCUCUGGUGACUGGAGGAGAUUUAAAUGUUACACUAAGAGCUGGAAUUGGCAUGAUUAGUGAUAUAAUUUUCACUGACAAUUCUAGUUGGCAAAGGAGUCGAAAAUUUCGGCUUGGAGCUAGACCUGUGCCUAAAACUUGUGGUGAAGCAAGGAUUAGAGAAGCUAGGAGUGAAGCUUUUGUGGUAAAGGAUCAUCGCGGAGAGUUGUACAAGAAACAUCACCCUCCAAGUUUGGAUGAUGAAAUCUGGCGUUUGGAAAGAAUAGCAAAGGGCGGUGCAUCCCACAAAAAGUUGGCUGAAUAUGGAAUUCAUACUGUGAGGGACUUUCUGCAGAUAUAUGAAAUUAAUCCAUCUGAACUAAGGAAGGUGCUUGGAUGUGGAAUUUCAAACAAGAUAUGGGAUAUAAUUAUAGAUCAUGCAAAUGAAUGUGUUCUGGAUGAUAAGUUUUACACUUACUUUGAAGCUGGACAAAGUGUUGGGCUUCUUUUCAAUUCUGUGUACAAGCUCAUAGGAGCAGCAUUUGAUGGCCCUAUGUAUAAGCCUCUGGACGAACUCGCUCCUUCUCAAAGGGCCCUGGUGGAAAGUUUAAAGCAACAAGCUUAUAAGAAUGUGGCUUGCUUUAUCCUGAUUGAUGCUCGUGACAUUUUUGGCCCUUCAAGGUCCUUGGCAUGCCCACAAUCUCAGUCAUUCAAUGGUCCAAAUCCCAGUCUGCAGCAAAUUGAAUUCCCAGUUGCACGCCAAGAUCAAGCAGAGAUGCUGCUAGAUUUCAACCCCAUGGGCAAUCAGUUAGAAUGUUCUGGAGCACAGAAUCCUAAUCCACUGCAAGUGUUUCCUUCAACACUAAGGAACAGUUUCAAAUUCAGGGACAUCUUUUCCGUUCCCUACCCUGGAGAAAACAAUUGGUCUACAAGUUUAUCACAAUGGCCACUAAUGACAAGUAGUCAACCAACUCCUGAGGACAUUUCCCAGGCACAAACAUCAACCUGGUCUCCUGCAAAUACUUUUUAUUUCAGUUCAGAUAAUGAAGGAGAACUAGGUAUCAUCUCUUCUCACCCAAGUUUUUGUCUUGAAAAAUCCAAAGCAGGGUGGUGCAAGCUACGAGCUGCUAUCAUCUGGGGCUCGGUUAGGCGAGAAGUUGCUACAAAAAGGAUGUUGCAAAGCUUCUGUAUCUAGAUUAGUAAGACAUUAGACACUUAUAGGAAUCAAAGCAUCUCAAAGUUUAGGAGGAUAGCUGAAAGCUCUCCUAGAUACAUGAGAGGUAGUCAAGGUAGUUCUUAGCUUUCUUGUUUUCUUGUAACCAGGUUACCUGCAAAGGGUCCUGUUCUGUAGUUGGUGUUUUUGCUUGCAAUCUUUUUAUUUACCUGUACAAAUUGUCCAAAUGAUCAAACCAGCGGUCAUUUUCAAAUGUUUAUCUAUAUCUGUUACACA